UCCAAGGGGUGGGGGGGCCUAUGCGCCCCUCGCGACUCCACCAGGCACAGCGCUUGGGUGGCAUCUCCGGCAGGCGAAUGGUGGGCGCCGCCCUGGAGGUCACCGAGUCAGGCGUCGGGGGCACGCGGUUGGGUGCUGGCAGGCGCCGGGAGGGGGUGCCCCCUGCCCUCGGCUCCUCCCCCGGGGCCGACGCGCCCCGCCCCGCCCUGCGCGGGAGGGCACCGGGGGCGGGACCCGCGGGGAGGCGCGCCGACCGGCCGGGCCAGGUGCAGCGCCCGCAUGUCUGAGGGCCGCCGCGACCCCGGAGGAGUGUCCCGGUGUCCGGCCGGCCCGUGCCGCGCCCCUGCGCCCCUCGCCGGCCGCCGGCGACCCUCGUAAGCCAGGGAAGCAGCCCUGGCACCAGCUGGCCACACGCACCCCGGGCCAUGUCGGAACUCUGAGCCGGCGACAGGGAGCAACUGUCCACCACUGGCCAUCCCAACCCAGCUCCGAGAUGCUGAGCCUGAAGCUGCCCCGGCUGUUUAGCAUUGACCAGGUGCCCCAGGUGUUCCAUGAGCAGGGUAUCCUCUUCGGCUACCGACACCCACAGAGCUCCGCCACUGCCUGUGUCCUCAGUCUUUUCCAAAUGACCAAUGAGACCCUCAACAUCUGGACGCACUUGCUGCCCUUCUGGUUCUUCGUGUGGAGGUUUGUGACCGCCUUGUAUAUAACAGACAUCCAGAAUGAUAGCUACUCCUGGCCUCUGUUUGUGUACAUGGGCACCAGCUGCGUGUACCCGCUUGUGUCUAGCUGUGCACACACCUUCAGCUCCAUGUCCAAGAACGCCCGGCACAUCUGUUACUUCCUGGACUACGGGGCCGUCAACCUCUUCAGCCUGGGCUCAGCGAUUGCGUACUCAGCCUAUUCCCUCCCGGACGUGAUGGUGUGCACCACCUUCCAUGACUACUACGUGCCCUUGGCCGUGAUGAACACCAUCCUCAGCACCGGCCUCUCCUGCUACUCCAGGUUUCUUGAGAUCCAGAAGCCUGGGCUCUGUAAGAUGCUUCGCAUCCUUGCUUUUGCUUAUCCCUACACCUGGGACUCCCUCCCCAUCUUCUACAGGCUGUUCCUGCUGCCUGGGGAGGGUGUACAGAAUGAAGCCAUCUUGAACCACCAGAAGCACAUGGCCAUGACCCUCCUGGCCUCUUUCUUCUACUCCGCACACCUGCCAGAGCGCCUGGCACCCGGUCGCUUCGACUACAUUGGUCACAGUCACCAGCUGUUCCAUGUGUGUGUGAUCCUGGCCACUCACAUGCAGAUGGAAGCCAUACUUCUGGACAAGACUCUGAGGAAGGAAUGGCUCCUGGCACACACCAGGCCCCUGUCUUUCCCUCAGAUAGCUGGAGCCAUCCUUCUGUGCCUCGUCUUCAGCCUCAGCAACAUAAUUUAUUUCUCAGCUGCUCUGUAUCGGAUUCCCGAGCCAGAAUUACAUAAAAAAGAAACAUGAUUCAGACCGUAACAUGUUCGUGCCAGAUGUCAGCCUUAAGCUAGCCCAUCCUAGCCACCCUAACCCAGCCACAGGGAACCAGUUUCCAGAGGUCAGAAAUAGCCACAGUGGCUGAUGUCUUGGCAUUUUUGAGUGGGUUCUUGUCAGUAAGGUAUUGAACUGGUGACAUUUCUCUAGAUGUGCACUGAUUCUAUAUUAUUUUAAAAGGGGAAGAUGAGUUCAAGUACGUCCUUGUUUGGGCAGAUUCUUAAUAUUUCAUUAAGUUUUAAAUUUAUUUAAAAUGGGUUUUUCAAUCCUAUUUAAACAGUUGGAAGAAGCAUGCGCCCUUGUAGCUUGACUUUUAAACAUUUGAAAGAAGCUUCACGACCCUUGUAGUAUUACCCUUUGCAAAUGGGAACAUACUUCAGUUGAUGAGUUCCACAUAGCAUGGCCUCUCCCAAGAGCUCCAGGGCGGGAGAAUGAGCCAGAAAGAUCAGUGUAAGGAACCUGAGUCAGGAGGUUGGGUCUGUGGGAGUUUUGGGGACAGGGGAAGCACUCCAGAAGGGAGAGACCUGGUUUGGGGAAGGGUCUUCUUCCUUUCCCCACCUAGUGAAGGGAAUGAAUAGAAAAGAGUCCUCUUUUCCACAAGUCCGUUCUACCUUAUGGUGCCAAUUCCCAUGUCAUCAGAACACCCACAUGGCUGGCUGUCCAUUUUCUGUUUUUUAAUGUUUUCAUGUUUCUAGUUUGAUGCUGCACCGUAUUGUGUAGUAGGGGUCAAAUGUGUAGUGUGUGGGAGUUGGCUGACUUAAGUUCUGUUGGCUGGGUUCAUCUGUCACCUUUUAAACCAACGUCAUCACAACAUUUGGGGAUGUUGUACAUUUGAUGUUACUUCAGCUUUCUAAAUACGUUGCAGAUCUUAGAGUUCAUGUGCAGGAGAAGCUAAGACCUCGUUAUUGCGUCUGUCAACUGUAGUGAUUGUCAAACUUUUUGGUGAAUCAGAAACACUUGGUGGGUUUGUGACAUGCAGAUUUCCAGGAGAUUCUGCAUUUAUCGUUUAAAAUGUAGGUCUUUUAGAGGAGAUUUGCCCUAAAUCUGGGUAAGUCCCCAGGUGAUUCUAAUGCAGAAGCGCCCCAGGCCAAACUUGAAGAGAUGCUUUCCUCAUGAAUUCCAGAAGGCAUUGGGCCUAUCAGCUUGCUGUGAUUGACCCAGUUUUCAUUGACCUACUGCCUAAGGAUGUAGCCCCUUGUUUUCUACUCUGCAUGAGACUGAGCAAUUUCUCAUCUUUUGCAUCGAGAGUUAAAUUUUAGUAUUUCAUUGUGUUUUUGGAGAAUACAGAAAUGCUGAUGCAAACCAGUUUUUAACAGAGGCCCAUCAACCCCUGGUCUGCACUUGCUAAUGACUUAAGGGGCUGUCCAUCACAAAGCAGGAUCUUCUUUGCUGACUUAGGAACACCCCCGUAUCUUAGAAUACUCCUCUAUGGUUAACGGGCCCAGAAACUGAAAUGGCCUUGUGAAUAGUUCAUUGUCCAAUCCACUAAGGACAAGUAAAAAUUUAUAUUGGAUGAGAGUGGUCAAGAAAUGUGAUUUCAUUAGUUUUAUUAUCUGUUUACUUCCUCUGGGGAAGGUAGACUGAUAAAAAUAUAUGGGCUGGUAAAUUUUUGGUACAUUAAUUGCCAGCUGCAUGACAAAAUUUAGUUUUUGGCCACAAUCUGACAUUGUUAGCGGAAUUUUACCCCAGCAGGGUCCGUGGGCUCCCUUUUCAUCUUGCUGUGACUGCAAUUUUAUGCUGAGAAGUACAAAGUUUAAAUACCGUAUUCUAGUAAUGCCAAAGACAUGAAGCUUUUUAAUAUAUCUUAUUUAGAGAGAGUAAAAUAAUGUUUUUUGUUUAGCUCAGAAAUAGUUGAAAGACAAUAGGUGAUUCAUUUGAAGGACAUUUAAAUUAUUUAAUUUUGGGUUACAUGGCUUUUUCACCAUACUUCACAACGGAAAAAGAAAUGUUAGAUCCACAAAAUAGGUGCCGUGAUUCAUAAUGAUUUUAGAUGUUUGGUAAACUUAGUCCCAUGGUAUACUUUUGGACAGUGUUACAAGUUACAAUUUGAGAACAGUUUCCAAUAUACUGAUUUGGAAGCUUCUAGAUGUGGGAAGUGGGUUCACAUAUAUUAAUUACCUUUAGGUAUUAAGAGUACUGGGGCUAGGGGGACCUGGGUGGCUCAGUGGGUUAAAACUUCUGCCUUUGGCCCAGGUCAUGAUCCCAGGGUCCUUGGAUUGAGCCCCGCAUUGGGCUCUCUGCUCAACAGGGAGCCUGCUUCCCCCCCACUCUCUGCCUGCCUCUCCGCCUACUUGUGAUCUGUGUCUGUCAAAUAAAUAAAUAAAAUUAAAAAAAAAAAAAAAGUACUGGGGCUAGAGUUUUGCUUAAGCCAUCCCAGAAAGUAAAAAAUUCUGGCAUUGGGUGAGCUGAAGACCUCACUGGGAAGAUGUCUUUUCGUGUAGCGCCUCUCAGUGGUCCUCUUUUUGAGUUUUUUGAGUGUCUCAAUUCGCCCCUGAGACACACCAUACUUCCACUGGUGGUGACUUCUCGCCAUGGUACUGCCUCAAAAGGGGUGACAGACUCCCAGUAGGAUGUCCCUGUUCUUCCUCCCCCUGCUGAGAAACACUACCCCCAAACUUCCCAGACGCCACAGUUGCGAUAAAACCUGAAUGUGUGUGAAUGAGGCCACGUCGUCAGCUUCACCUUUACCUUAAGAGUUUCACCUUCAUCUUAAGGGUUUCACUUUCCGUUGCUCACUUUUUAGAGAGAAGUGAAUUUGUCACUGUGGAUUUGAAUGAGAAGUGGGAGGUUUUAGAAAUCAUUUGAGUACAAAGUGGUCUAAAUAUUUGGUUUUCUGCAUUUUUUCUCAAAGUGCUUAUUGUGGAACCCAGCUCACAUGAGAAGUUCUAGGGAAGGCAAGUUGGAGAACAGGACGGUCACAUGUGUUGGAUAAACCCUUUGUGUGGCUCUAUUGUGUCCCAAAUUUCUCUUGGCCAUGGCCAAACUGUAUGUUUCACUAUAUGAAACACCUAUUAACACUGUAUGAUGAUGCUCUAUAACUAUUAGUCGAAUGCCAGCCUCUGAUUUUCUAGCCAACAAUCCAUCAUGGACAAAAAGGCAAAGACCCAUUUCUAAACUCAGAUGUUCUUCCAACUUACAGCAAUGUCUAGUUUUCUUAAAUUGUGUGGGAGAAAGAAAAUAAAAUUUAUUUGUUAUAAUAAAGUCCUAUUUCCCCCUUGA